CUCGUAUUUUGAUCGUUUACGCGUGUUCAGAAAAUGCGGAAUUCUUUAAUUGUCAAGUGAGAAGAGAGGAAAAAUGGCGGAUGAAAAUGAGGAUCAAUGGUUAUAUGGAGAUUCAACUGAUGGAAAAGAAUAUACACCGACAUCCGUUCAACCAGAAAGCCAAGAAAAUGACUCAAUUCCUGCUACAAUACAAGAAAAGUCAGAAAUUUUGGAAGAUCAGAAAACAGAAAAUGUUAUUGAUCCACCAACAGAGCCAUCUGAGGAGGCAGAACCACCAGAAGAAGAAUCUUCACCAACUAAUAAUAUUCCAAAUGAAAAUAAUACAGAAAUAAACAAAAAUGGAAUAAGAGAAGCUUCCAGUCAAGAAGAUGGAGAAGCUGCUAGUGAUUCAGAUUCCGAUGAUGAUGUACAUGUUGUUAUUGGUGAUAUUAAGUCAACUCCUGCAUAUGGUAGCCUUAAUAUUAAAAGAGGAGGAUUGCUGACAAAUGCAUCAGGUGUACCAGAUAAGUUAAAUAAACAACCAGGAAAAUUCAGUAUAGAUGAAUUUGAAACUAUAGGAGUUAUCAAUGGUAUGCCUGCUCACGAGUUCAAUUUAGAUCAAUUAGAAGAUAAACCUUGGAGACAGCCUGGUGCUGACAUUACUGAUUAUUUUAAUUACGGUUUUAAUGAAGAAACAUGGAGAGCUUAUUGUGAAAGACAAAAGAGAAUGAGAAGUGAAUCUGGAGUAGGUUUGAUAUUGAAUGCAGGGGGAGGUAGUGGUAACGCAGGCAGUAUGAGAGUACCUCAAGUUGCAAUUACUAAUGAUAACAGUAAAUAUUCUGGCAUAAUGGGACCAAAGAGAGCAGGACCACCUCCAGGAAGAAAAAUGGCAGGAACAAUAGAUGUAAUUGGUAGUUCAGGUUUAGCUUCAAGAAGAAAUCUUGAUAAAUCUCCACCAAAAGGAAAUGUGAUACAAGUAAUGACUGCAGAUAGGAGAGAAUAUUCUAGAAAACCAGGUUUUCCUGAUAUGAGUGUGCCACCACCAGGAGCAGGAAUGCCUCCUGCAUUUGAUAUGCCUCCUCCUGGAUACCCUGGAGAACCAGCUCCUUUUUACAUGCCUGAAACAGAUCCAUAUUAUCAAAGUUAUGAACCUACACAAGAUAAUCAAUGGGGCAACGAUCCGACAUGGCAACCAACAAAUUUAGCUAUUCCAAUGACAGAAGGGGAAGAUGAAAAAGAUACUGGCCCAAAAACAAUACCAACUAUGGUACCUCCUACAAAUAUUCCUCCUAUAAUGCCACCUAGAGAUUCUCGAGAUCGUGAAAGAGAUCGGGAAAGAGAAAGAGAUCGUGAUAGAGAAUUAGAUUCAAUGGGAAGGGACAGAGAAAGAGAUAAGGAUAGAGAUCGCGAUCGUGAAAGAGAAAAGGAUUCUAUGAUUAGAGAACGAGACAGAGAAAGAGAUUCAAUGUCACGAGAUGAAGAAAGAGAUCGUGAUAGAUCUCGAUCUCAAUAUCGACACAAAGAUCGACAUCGACAUCGAUCGAGAUCUCGGUCUCGUAGACAUAAAUCCAGGUCCCGAAGUCCAAGUCGGCGUAAGAAGAAAUCUAGACGUUCCGAGAGAGAACGUUCUAAAGAAGAGAGCGAAUAAAAGAAAAAAAUAUUUACAAAAUAUCCGCGGCCACAUUGGCAUGCUGAAUAUAAAAUGCUGAGUCUUUUAAUAAUGUAACUUUUCAUAUGUUACUUUCCAGAAUAUACGUUGAUUAUUAUUUCAUAAAAUGAAUAGCAGAUGCAAUAAGUAAUUUGAUUUUACCUGAGACUACCAUACAAUAUACUCUGCACUUCUCACUCGUGCGUAAUCAGCAAUUUCUAGCCAACAAAUAAGUUAUAAAGAAUAACAAUAAACUUUACUUUUAAAGAUA